AUGAAGAAGGUGCUGGUGCUGAACGGCGACUCGUAUGUCGGUCGCCAUGUCGUGAAGGCAUUCUACCAGUCGUACGAGUAUGACGUUGAGAUCACGCUCACACGCACUGGCGAGCGGGCCGCGGCGACGACACGUACGGUGUCGAAGGCGACCUCGAGUGACUGGCUGUGGGAUCAGAUGAAGAGUCUGUGGGACUCGCUUGAAAGGUCGCUGGUCGCCGCUGCGGCCGACAACUCGGACGACCCUUCUACCGCCUCUACACCUGGAUCGCACUGCAGGAGCAAGAAGCGCGCCACAUCCGCUGUAGGCACGGAGGAGUUGCCCACAUCACCGCCACUCGCAGGCUUGUCCGCAGAGGAGCAAGAUAUGUUGCCGGCAGACCUCCAGUUCUGUGUGCGCAGUAUCGUUCCAAAGCACAACGACAACGCAGAGGAGUUCCGUAAGCGCCUGCUCGCCAAUGACGUCGUCAUUGCUGUCCUCCAGGACGACACGUACGAGGCCAUGUGCGCCAUCCGCAUUCUCGCCGGGACACAUUACGAAGUAGAGAAAACGUUUGUACUGGUGUCCUCGGCCGUGACGUGGGCGUACACACUGACGUCAGAGCGCGCGCGUGCCCGUGAGAUGCGGCAGAGGGAGCGCGAGGAGGAAAGAAGCGCCUUCUUGGAGGAGCUCCUCAACGCUGAGGAUGAAGACAUUGGUGACGAGGAUGACCUUAGCGAGGGCGCUGCUGCCAUGGCAGAGAGAGAGGCGCGCCGUGCAGCGCGUCGCACAGAGCUAGAGCGGCGCCUUCCCUUCUCACUGCGCGAGCCUGCCUCUGGCGAGGACGAGGCCGAGAUCCACGCGCUUGUUCCGGACCGAGUCUUUACCGACGACGCCUAUGCGCAGCGUGUGCCUCACCCGCGCUUUCAGCACUGGCACUCACUGGAGCACCUCGUGAAGUGCGCCAACACUGAGACGCUGCACACCUACGUUGUCUUCGCUGGUCUCCCGUACGGCGCCGGCGAAGGGUCGGAGAUGCUGUUCGGGCUCCUGCGGAGCGCAUGGUACCACCAGGUUCUGCCGCAGUACGGCGCCGGCGUGAAUAGGAUCCCCAUGAUCCACGUGCAGGACUUGGCCUCGGUCCUCUACAAGGUUGGCAGCGCCUACGAUGUGCUUGACAAGCGGUACGUGUUCGCUGUCGACCAGGGCCACGUCACACAGCGGCAGCUGCUGCACGCUGUGCAGGCGCGCUUCGGCGGGUUUGUGCAGCCGGCUGUUGCAGUGUCCCUGCCGCUGACGGCAGCGGACUUGGUGUGUCUUGAUGGGCUGGAGCUGCCACCGCCGACCAGCCCGCAAGACCUUUUCGCCACGUUUGGCAACGAGUCGUGCUGGGGCGACGGCGGCGCUCUCUUGACCGCCCUGGUGCUCUCGGACAUCCAAGCGGAGCCCUCUACCGCGCUGACGGUGCACGUGGAGGAGGAGUGGGUGUCCCUCGACGGCUUCCUGGCGAACCUUGACGUCGUAUGCGCGCAGUUUCGCGCUGCGCACGCGGAGAUGUUCAAGCCGGUCCGCGCCCUCAUCACCGGCCCACCGCUGAGCGGGGCAGAGACCGUCGCCGCUCUGCUGGCGCAACACUGCCGUGUGCCGUGCGUGUCGCGUGAAAGCAUUGUUGUGGACUACAAGGCGCACAUGGCGGACGUGCGCGCCGCGCUGCGAGGCCUGCUCAUGCGUCGCCUACAGCGCCGUCGCGCCCGGAUGCAAGCUCGGCUGGUGCGUCAGGCAGCGCAGGAGAAAGUUGCUCAACGUCUAGCAAAAGAGGAGCAGCGGCGCCAGCGGCGAGAGGAUCGGCAGCAGCGCGGCGACACAGACGAUGACAGCGGAAGCGAGGAGGAACGGGACGAGGAAGGGUCGGCAGCGGAUGAGGAGGGCGAGGGCAUCGACGCGGCAUCUGAGGUGGACUCCCGUGCCUCUCUGAUGUCGAUCUUUCUUCCUCCGGCCACCAAAAGUGCUGAUGACGGCAACGAAGACGAGGAGGACGCGGUGCAGCAAUGGCGGCAGCCGCCUUUACGGCCCAUUGAGCUGGUUGUGAACGAGGUGUACAUCCGCGGCGCCGCCGAUGCCGGCGUUGACGACGGAGACCACGAAGGCAGCGCUGAGAUUGACGAGGAGCAAGAGGAAGGGGGAGAGGAGGAUGACAGGGAAGGUGGCGGCAACUGGCUCGCUCAGCUCGACGCACAGGAUGAGGAAGCACAAGCAGAAAUGGAAGAGGACCGCGAGCUACUGCCUCCUGUGCCCCUCUCCGCUGCCAUGGGCGAUAGGGUCCUGCCUUCACUAGCUCUACCGCGCUUUGCUGCCCGUAGCCGUGGCCGCGCCUUUGCACGCGACGUGGACCGGCAGGAGCUGCGAUGCAUCGCGGCGCUUCGUCAGGAGUACCUUCUCGGUCUAAAGGUGCUUGCGCUAAAGGUGUCUACGGAGGGGCGAUUGCCACGUCCGCUGCCCACUCCAGCGGUGACCGAGGACGGCGUCAAUGAUGGCGGGUACGGUGACGAGGUUGGCCGCGGCGGCACCAGCAAUGGGACCGACGGAGAGGGCGACGAGGAGGACGAGGAGGAUGAGGAGGAUGAGGAGGCGGAUGGGGAGGCGCCGAGCGACGGUGAGCCUCACGCGUCGCCGGAGGGCAGCAGCAACGGCGCCGAGGAGGAGGACGAGGGUACCGAUUACGGAUGCGCUGACACCAGCAACGAGGCGAAUCCGAUCCUUGCGAUCGACCCCGACGAAGACGACUCCGCGUACCUCGACUGUGCGCUCGCCUUCAUGUGUCGGUGGCGCCUGCGUCAGUCGGAUUGCCGCUGCCAAGGCUACAUUCUCAGCGACUUCCCGCAGACGCUGGCGCAGGCCAUCUUAUGCUUCCGUGCAAAUGAAACCGAACUCGAGGAUGGAGAGCUGCGCCGCCAACGUGCUCUCGCCCCACUGCUGACGCGCACUGAUGACCACGCUGCCGAAGACAACAGCGACGCGGACGACGAGGACGGCGGGCCUCUAGCCCCUAUAGAUGCGGACUUCCCUCUACCUGACAUCGCCAGCAUCAAGGAGGAGGAGCUGGUGGCGCUGGAGCGGGCCCAUCGCCGUAGCCGCGGCCCAGCAUGUAGUGGCAGCGCCGCCGGGGAGGUAGAGUCGAUGGGUGACUUGACGGAGGAGGCGGCCGCUGCCAGCAGCGACGUGGAGACCGUAAUGACGCCUGUGGACGAGUCUCUCUUCGUAGACUAUGUUGUGGCACUCCAGGCCGACCCGGCUCUCUUGCGCGCCACGAUCGAUGCUCUACAGACAAAGCUGGAUGCGGCUGCGGCUCGGCAGCCAUCGUCGACGUCUCCGAGAGACGCCGCACCCUCUGCGCACAGUACUGCUGCGAUAGGGUUGUCAGAGGCGGCGCUCGCCACGCUUCGUGCCUCUCUCCAUAUCACACCAUAUGCUGCACAGCUCGAGUGGUACAUGAAGCAUCACGCUGCCACUGCUUCUCCGAUCCAGUCGCUCCUGGCGUGGCUCAGCGCCAUCACAACAACACCCGCGCUAGGUGUGCGCAGCGCGCAAGUUAUUGUCCCCCCUAACAACAAUGAUGAUGUUGCUGACGCUGAGGGCGCGGGCGGCGUCGCCGCAACUACCAUGGAGGCACCUCCAACGACCCGCACCGCACAGAUGCUCUUCAUGUCGGUGCCGGUGUUAAACACAGAGGAAGUGAAAGCAUGCUGGUGCGCGGCGCGCGAGCGAAAGGCGCGAGCUGACGCGAGGGCGGCAACGGUCGGUAUGGCGACACGAACGAUGCCGAACCGUACAUGCGGUGAUGAGUGCGGAUCGGCGUUGGUGAAUGCAAUGCUCCCGGUGGCGCUGUUGCGGCUCGCACCGCUCUGCUGGACCGGCGCUGCGGCCCCAAAGUCUGCAGCACUCCUCAGCCAGGCCCCUUCCUCCUCAGCGCACACCCCGCACCCUUGUGACAGUCUCGCCGCGUCGCGGUGUGCACUACAGCCGGCCGCAUCUCUAGAGGCUCUUGCGCAGGAGCUGUGCACACGUAUUGCGCCCGCGCGCCGAGAUCCCAUAGCUGUGGCUACGGCUGCUGCACUGCCAGCGGCAUGCGUAACAGCCGAUCGUGCGUCGUACACAAGCACUGAGACGACCUCGCCGCUCGCGCUCAACGCCACGGCGACGGCUGCCGCGCCAGCGAGUCAAGUGGAUGUCGCAGGGGGGUCUGAAGCACCAGCCGAUGCUAGCGCCUCAGACGCUGCAGCGGCAGCGGUGGAGCGGAAGGCGAGGUUCGCUGCUGCUUCUCAGGACGAGGCGUCCCAGAUCCUGCAUGAGUUGGCCUCCCUGCGUCAUCUGCAGAUCGUUGAAGGAAGCCCUGAAACGGCGGAAAUGCUGGGACUGCCUGCGGAGACGUACCUGAUGAGGUACGUGCUUCCGAGUCUGACGCCUGUCAUGACGGGUGUGGUGCGUACGCGAUCAAAUGACCCUGUCUCCACGCUAGCUGAUGCUCUCUUCGACCACUGCCGCCGUGUAACGCUGUAA